AUGUCCCUUGGUUUGAGGUGGACGAGAUCCACGCUCGUCUAUGGCAAUGGACGUCCCUUCCUCGUGCCGUCGCCUCAGGUCGCCACGCUACCGAGUACCCUCGAAGAAACGUCGUGCGAGGCCCGGUGGAAGCUGGAGCGUCGUCGCGUGAAGAAUCGGAAACUCGAGCGUUUCGCGUUUGUAAUGUCUUCCAAUGUUAUCGAGUCUUGGCACUGGGCUGUGGAUCCGGACGCGAUUGAUGGAGGAAGUCACAGGUUGAAACUCAGCCAGACGCGAUGA